CGCAGCUUUACUUCUUGUUGUUUUCUAAGUUCGUAGAGAUUCUUUUGCGCUCUGGGCAGGUCCGUUUGAAACAUGGACGAGAAGGACGAAAAUCUCGACUCAUUUGAUCCAAACAUACCUGAGGAGGGACCAUCAGCGCCCCCUCCUGGCUGGCUGGAGGACAUACAUGGAUACCAGGGCCUUACAGAAGGUCCAGAGGACGAGGAACCGUUAUACCCCCCGCCCCCCGCCUAUAACCCCCAACCUGACCUCAACAGGAGCACCUCAGUCCCCACCAUCAGAGUCCCGUCAGUAUCGGAGGACGUGGCCCGGGAGGCUCUGCUCAAGUUUGUGGAGUCCAAAUGGAAGUACAGCUCCAAACCAGCCAGAAACCUCACGUUCAAAGAUCUCAAACCUGUCAUUGUUUACAGGUAUCGACUGGAGACCUACACCGAGACCAGAACCAGCGCCUGGCACUUUGAGCCCUACAACGGUCAGAUGGUGGAUGGUCCACAGUACGGAAUGAGUCCUCCACCCUGGGACAUCCCGGUAUCGCUGCCUCAGAUGUACUCCGACAAGGUGGAGAAGAUCCGAGUGCCGCACUCGUCAUUUGUGAAGGUGUGCCAUAAGUGCCAGGGCUGUGGAAGAACCCGUUGCGCCGGCUGCUUCGGCAGAGGCAUGAAACGAUGCACUUUCUGCCACGGUCACGGUCGGGCAAGAAACAAACGCUGCACUUCCUGUCAUGGUCGAGGCCGCAAGAGGUGUUUGAGGUGCCGUGGAGAUGGCUACAAGACCUGCUCCGUUUGUCACGGUGCCCAGAAACUGCUGCACUUCAUCCAGCUCACAGUCACAUGGAAGAACAACAUCAGUGACUUCAUUCCAGACCGGCAGCCGGACUUCCCAGACAAGAAGUUUGAGAAGGUGUCUGGAGACCCAUUCUUCAUCGAUGAGAAUGUUCUGGUGUAUCCGAUCCAAGGUUUCCCUGAUCAGGAGAUCUGUGAUGUUUCCACCAAACUGAUUCAUGAACAUCUCUAUCGCUUCACUUCCACCAGCCGCAUCCUCCAGCAGCGUCAGACCAUCGAGCUGGUGCCCCUCACUCACGCUUUUUACUCGUACAGCGGGAAGGACUACAGCUUCUUCGUGUACGGGAUGGAGAACAAAGUGUUUACCUCCAAAUAUCCCACCACCUGCACCAUUUUAUAAGCUAACCAUGGCAUCAACAUACAGUAUAUGCACAUACAUAUACCCAGAUCACUACUGAACCACCACUGUACAUACAGACGUUGUGUGUUAGGCAUUUAUUAUAUUAGAGGGAGGCUGCUGAAGAAAAACCUGGAAACUGAUCUUCACUCUCUGCUCAUCAGUUAUUUAAAACAUGGAGGUUUUCUGGUCUGAUCAAACUUGUUUCUUCUAAUAUUUAAAGAAAGGUCUGGGUUUGUUUGGUUGCAACAAUUUCCUUAAACUCAGAUCAACCCAAAUAGAACCAGAAGAAGCAGGUUUGGAGCCUUGCUGAUUCCCAGGUGGUUCCUGAACAUCUUCACCAUGUUCACCAUGAACAUCUUAGGGGGUCAGUUUGGGUCAGAUGGAGGAAAAAAACGGUUUAACUGCAUUAUUAAAAUUCUAACCUGAGCAGAACCAGGACCCUGGCGUUGAGGCAUCCCUCCCCCUACUGGAACCUGGAGGUAAUACCAGUAGAUUAACUGGUUUUAAAAAUAACAUUAAGGCUCAGAUUCAUGCAUAUUGAAAUAUUCCCCACAACUAAAUGAAAAACCACAGAUCCUUUGACAUUUAUUAAUUAUACUUUAGUUUAAAAAUAACUAAACAGUACAUAAUUUUUAUCCAUGAAGACUGAUUUUAGGAAAUAUUGAAGAGGUUAGACGGCGUCUUAUCCGAAUCGUUGGAUUGAAGUUUCUCUUUUCUGAAUCUUUUAUUUUAAGUCUCUCAGUACACGUUUGACCAUUUUAGAAGCCAGAGGCACAACUUAAAAAGUUACCUUACAUCCAGGUAUGAAGGAUAUAAUGAAGGAUAACAUGAGACACAUGCUUUAUUUAAAGGAGAACACAUCUACUGAUGUCUCAGCCCAACAAAUGUACAACAUAAUCCAGUAAUUAUAAGAAAUAUUAGUGUAGUUAUUUUUGGCUGAACCUGUUUAUCACCAAAAUUAAAUAAAAAACUUCCUCUUUAAUUAUUUUCUUACUUUAUUAGAGCUUUCUGUAUUUCGGUCUGAUUAUGAUGUCAGUUUCUAACAUCCUUUAUAUCAGCAUCAAAGUCAGACUUAUUUGGUGUGAUUUCAAACAGGGCUUUGACUAGGACAGUUAGAUUUAGUUCUGUGGUCCAUCCAUGUUCAGAAAAGUUAGUUAUACCUUUUGUUUUAGUUGUAAAUAUGUUUUAUUUCAACGUUUUCAGAUGAAAAAGUUGCAGUUUUGAGCAGAUUUAUUAUUUCUGCAGCUGGUUUAUUGUCACACAUUCCUCAGGGUUUAUUACAUCUUUAUUCUAAAACAGUGAUGCAGAGGAAGCUGGUAUCCACAGGGACUGAAUGAAAUGUUAAACUUUACCUGUUUAAUGUUGAAUAUUUUAACGUUUAGUUCAUUAAACCCUAAAAUUGGUCUUUGAACACAUGAAUUUGUUCUUUUCUGUUUUCCUGCAGGUCUAUAAACAGUUUACAGCUUUUUUCCAGUUUCACUCAGAGGUUUACGACCAUCAUCAUCAUCAGCAUGAAAGCUAAAUUAAUUUGUUUGAACUGAGAAUUUAACAUACAUCUCUGGAUAAUUAAAAAUAAUAAACGGUGUUUUCAUUUAUAGUUGAUUUUCUCUAAUCUAUGCAGGGUCAGAAUUAUACAUACACUAAUAUUUGGUUAAAUGUCCAUUAGCAGGUUGUCCUGGACCUCAGUCCUUCUGGUACCGUUCUGGUGGAUGUUCUGUUCUUGGCAGAGUUACUUUAAAUAGUUGAGGUCGGGUCCAUUCCAGAAGCUUAAGGUUAGGAUCUAUUGUCCUGUUGGACCACCAAACAUCUCAAUCAUUUGAGAUGAAGCUGAAGAAUUUGAAGCUAGUUCUUACUAGCACUUAGUCUAGUGCAGCACCACCAUAAGUAGCUUAACAGACCUUGGCAUAAUGCUACCACCACCGUGCUUCACAGUUUUACAGUGUUAUUAGAUUUGAAAGCCUGACCUGGAUUCCUCCAAACAAGCUUCUUGUCAUUGUGUCCACACAGAUCAUCAAACGUUUCUCCAGAAGUCAUUUUGCUGUUUCAUGUAGGCAGCUGGAAAAUUUUAGAGCAGCAGCCUCUUCCCACAUAAAGGUGAAACUGCCUUCACUGUGGACAGGGACACUGGUGUCCCAGCAGUUUCCAGUUAGGUGGAGGUCUGGAGCCUUAGUGGUUUCCUGGGUUGUUCCUGGAUAUCUUCAGCAGUUUGCUUUCAUCCUGAGGGUCAGUUUGGGUCAGAUGGAGGGAAAAACGGUUCAGAUACAUCAUUAAAAUCUCAACACUAAUAUAACCUUCAGACUGGAACUGUAGUUACAGUCGUGGUGAAUUUCUAACCCUCCUACUCUGAAAGCAGCUCAACUCACCCUUUUUCUCCAGUUUUAUAUUCUAUUGUAUCAUAAUUUCUUAAGUUACUCCACGUUAUCUGGGUCCAUAAAGGAAAUAUUCUAAUGUUUUAUCCCUGCUGCUCUGACUCUAAAUGAAAAUGUUUGUUGAAGAAUGUCAGAUCAAAUUGUUAAAUUUCUCCUAGUUUAUGAGAGCAAAACAGCUUUUAUGUCUUUUAUUGCUUGUUGAAGGGUUUCCCAUUUUAUUUAACAUGAAAUCAUAUAUUUGUACUGUUUAUAUUUGACUGUAAGACAAAUAAACUUAUAUUUUCUACAUCCAUAAA